AUGGACUCCUCGUUGCUUGAGGUCUGGCAAGCUGCUGCUAGCACGCCGUUCCAACCCGCCGUCGCCAAGGAUUCCCAAUUCUUCAUUGCGUUCCUUCUCCUCCUCAUUGGUGUUGCUAUCACUGGUUUCUUCGCUCUGAACCGUUCCUUCAUCAACAUCCCAGCGCUUGGUGUGCCUGCCUCAGCUGCAAUUGCAUUCGGCACGUGCGGUACCGCAGCCGCUGUUCCGCGCUGUGGCCAGCUCGACGAGACCGCUCUACCAGUUGCUGAGGACCAUCAGCUUCUCCAACAAGGUACUGCCUUCCUCGACAAGAAACUAUUUACGUCCUACUCUCUGAAUCUUGCGGAGGACGAGCCAUUGCCCAACUUUCAAAUCACACUCCCAGCACUUCUCGAGACGCUUCAGAUUUUCGGCGCCGUAGACAUUGCGACGCGCACGCAAAAGGCCGAGCAGGACCCGUACCGCAGUAAUCUCCGCAAUUACCGACCAGAUGCGUUUAGUAACCAGACUCUGGGAAUUGGCGGGACUUGUAGCCUGGUAUAUACCGAAGAGGGCGGCCAAUUCAACAUUAUCAUCGAGGAAAGCGGGGUCAAGACUACCGCUAGCCUCACAACCUAUCUGCCGGAAAUCCCAGAGGAGAUACCCUUUGACCGGGAAAACCUGUCUUUCAAAAUCAUUAUGCAGGCUCGCUACCUUCUUGACGCCUUGGCCGAGCUUGCACCCACCGGCCCCAGCCGCCUAACCAUAUCAGCCUCGAAGAAUCAACCCUACCUUUCCCUUUCCGGUGCUGGCGACCUGGGGUCGUCCAGCGUGGACUUCGCCAAAGGCCGCGAGCUACUGGAGACCUUUUCAAUCCAGGAUCGAUGGACCCAGACCUACAAAUUCGAUCUGAUCAAGUCUUCGAGCGAGGCGAUGCGGAUUGCUAGCAAAAUUAGCUUCCGCGGCGAUGCCCAAGGCGUUCUGAGUUUGCAAUUCAUGGUUGAGGUGGAGGGCGGCGGGGUCAGCUUCUUGGACUUUCGAUUUGUGCCAUUCAUCACGCACGAGGACGACGAGGACGAAGAGGGACAGGAUGAGGAUGAGUAA